CAAAAAAUCCUGCAGCGGCAGUCUGGUGGGUUGGCUUCCCGGACACGUGGGCCUGGGUCCCAUCGUGCUGUGUUAUUUAUAAAUCGACGAGAAUCGGUGGUCAGCACUAUAUGUGGGUCCCCCUUACCCUUACGGCCGGGCCAGGACUGGGACAUCCAUCCAUCCAUCCAUCCAUCCAUCUGGGAAGGGCCGUGUGUGAGAGGACAGGUUUUUUCCUGGGUACGGGGGCUGAUUGAGCCGGUGGGCGGGCGAUCGGGGAGAAAGUAGGGACGAGAUCGGUGUAAGCCACUCACUCGGUCGGUCGAUGUCGGUCUGUGUGUACUGUAUGGCUGCUGGGCGCUGUUCGGCGCCCUCCACUGGGUUGUAUCUUCCGGGCUGCUGUUGUUGGGGGCGGCUGGCUAUAUGAGAGCACCUGUGGUAGGUUAUAGGUUACAAUAUACUCAAGUAGGUGGACUGGACUGGUCGCCGGCUAGAGCCGUGGCCACGUUGUGGACAGGGCUGGUGGUGAAUCCUUUUAGAGCCGGGGGGGGGGGACACAACGGGCGGCCAUCGUGGCCGGCAUGGUGGUUCAUCAGGCGAUUUCGAACAGAUCCAAACCCAAAAGGUUAGACUAGACUGUGUGGGAGGGAUGUAGGCUGCUAUAGAAUCUUGGACAGACGGGAUGAAGUCAUCUCUACCGUUAUAUCCUAGCCCUCCUGGAUCGUGCCCACGACAGCCGUGGUGGUUAUUAUCCACCCCAGAUGACGGUAUCAUGAGGGAUUCCGACAAGCAUUCUCCAGGCGCAACAUUGGGCCAGGAUUCCGUAGCACUGCAGGUUUUUUUCCCACCCCGGGAGCAAUAUGCACCAAGAGCCGUGCUUGGCUCUUCGCAUAGGGCAGCGGUGGCAUGGGAGCAUUUUGCUUCUGCUGUCCACCCUGCGCCGUUGGAACGCGGUAUGGUCACCGAUCGCCUUGGGGGAUGGGGGAGAGUUCUCCUUUUUCCAGCCGUCAAAUAAUAAAUGCCCACGAGUUUGGUUGCUUUUUCUUCUUCGUUUUGCUUCUUCUAUGAGGCAUACUAGUUACCUAAUCUAGUAUUUUCCCCCUCCGCAUUUUUGUUUUCGAGAGGGAAGAAAGGGUUCCAGGACCUCCUCAACCGAGUUUCCUCGCCUGUCCUCAAAAUAAUCAACGACCAUUUUGAACGAACGUCGGUGGGUUUUUGACACCGGCCGAACAAAGCGGGCGACCCCUCAGCGCCCAGCCAAGCAGCUUCACCCCACACGAGCUAGAGCUCUCUCGGCUUCAAAUGUUCAUAGCGCUCGAGUGAACCCGAUCGAGCUCCUCGGCAGUUCAGUCAACAACAACAAUAACAAGCAGCAGCUGCAUCAGGCGGGCAUCUAUAUCCGCCGUCCCUGGCCUUCAACCGCCCCUCCCUCAAACAUCCCGAGUAUCGGGGGAGAAAUAUACGACACUAUAUCACAUCGAUAUCUUGUUGACUAAAGCCAGACGUACUUACUUGAUCACGUCAAACCGGGGCCCUGGCAGCGGAAGAAAUCUGCAGGGACAAGGGAUAUCGAAAGAGACGAGGGUUCCCACCUCCCCACGCAAUGGGCUGGGAACGGGCAGCCGGGUGAAUAGAAUUCCAACCUUCCAGGAACCACAAAGACGACACCCCGUGCGUGUCUGGCCACGCCAGCCAUUCCCUCAACCAGAUGGGGGCCAGGGAUAGAAAGCAGCCCACCGCGGCUUGGGGCCCAGCAGGAGCAGCAUCUACCCCGGCUGCUGGUGGGCGGAGCCCCGUGGGCGAGACGCCCGUAUCCGCACCGAGUCGAGGUGGUGAUGAUCAUGAUGUGAACACGGUCCACGGCGGUGGGCAGCAGCAGCAGCCCGUCCCGGCGGGUGAUUAUUCGCACAGCACGCAGGCUGGAACUGUUAGAGACGCCGCGGACGAGUCUGUCGCCGCUGAGAGACAGGCAGCCAUGGACAUGGUCGACCGGGCCAAUGCCGGCCAGCCCGUGUUGUCAGGGCCCGAUCCGUUGGGGCUGGGAAGGAGUGAGCCGCAGAAGCAGCAGCAGCAGCAGCGGGAGGAGGAGGACGGGAGGACAGACGAGGGGGCCAGCACUGCGCACGAGAAGAGGCCGAACCUAUGGGGCACGUCGACCUACGACCCAGACGACGAGACAGACAUGCACUGGGAGCAUGGGCGGAGGUACUGCCGCGACUACUUCAUGCCCAACGACGAGGACGAGCAGGACCGGCUGCGGAUCCUGCACCAGAUCUACCUCAGCAUCUUCAACCUGGAGCUGACGACGGUCCCGCUCGAGGACCCCACGGCGGUGCUGGACGUCGGCACGGGCACGGGCGAGUGGUCCAUGGCCAUGGCGGAGCGGUGGCCCGGCUGCGACGUGACGGGGAUCGACCUGUCGCCGACCUUUGAGCGCGCCGUGCCCCUGAACUGCCACUUCGAGGUCAUGGACGGCGAGGAACAGCAGCCCUGGCCCUGGGGCGACAACACCUUCGACAUGGUGCACUACCGCCACAUGUCGGGGGCCUUCCGCGACUGGCGCCGCGUCUACGGCGAGACGCUGCGGUGCCUCAAGCCGGGCGGGUGGGUCGAGGUCCUCGAGUUCCACGACCACGAGGGCGAGAAGAGCUUCUACGACCGCUUCCCGCCGCACUCGCUCAUGCACGAGGCCGCCCGGGGCAUAGAGGAGGCCGAGGAGCUCCACGGCAAGCACCGCGGCGUCGACCACAUGGAGCCGGACCUGCUCGAGGACAGCGGCUUCGCCGGCUGCGAGGUCCACGAGCACGUCGUCCCGCUCGACCCGUCCAACUCGCCCCUCGGCAAGCUGUGGCUCGUCACCCUGCGCGCGGGAUUCGAGAGUUACGCCCUCAGGCUGCUGACAAAGUACCGCGGCUGGGACCCCGCCGACGUCCGCGCCGCCUGCGAGUCCGUCGGCCGCCAGAUGAUCGCCAUGGCCACCGACCCGCUGCGCAACAAGGGCUUCCAGAUCAGGCUGCGCGUCACCGUCGCCCGGAAGCCGCUCGUGCCCGGGGCGGAGGGGGCGGAGGGGGCUGCCCGGCCUCAGCCGUCCGGUUAGUCGAGCAGGAUCAACGUGUCUGUCUGUCCGACUGUCUGUCUGUCCGUUGUGCCGUCCUGCUUGUGCUUGUGCUUGUGUGCGUUCUACCGACCGUGGAGAUACCCCAUCCUUGAUACCACACACAUUUUCUGUGUCUCGGUGAUGCUGCACGAUGGUUUUGAGUGGUGGAGAAUCCGGGGGAUUAGAGUUUCCUCUAGACCGUCAAGUCCUGAUACGUAGCGUCUGCCCCUGUCCUUGUUGGUGGUGUUUGAUCCCCAGAUAGUUUUAAAAAGUUGUCUAUACGGCCAUGCAUUCGAGAGCGGGGAGACUCACGUCCUGAUUUUCUUUUUUCGUUUGGGGGUGGGGGGAGGAUGUCUGGGAGGCGAGGCAGUGGUGAUGAUGAAAUAUCAUAGCGGGCUUGAAUAGAUUGUUUGUCAAAGAGAGAGAAAUUACUUAGAUAGGGGCCCUGGGCCUUUUACGUUCGUGGAGACGACUAUCCCUCCUCAUUUCGUGAUUCUGAUAGCAACGUGCAACUGCAUAGGUAGCCACCCUCAGUGUGUGGCGGAAGGUCAGACAGACACCCAAGAGGUUGUGGCUACUUGGGGGCGUUGAGUUGCCAACCUCCAGCAGCACUUCAAGAUGAGCUGAAGUUGGAUCAUACAAGGCAAACACCACACAAAGUCACGACUGCUCCAUCCGACGGCGUGCCUGACUCUCACAUGCAUACUGGCGAAAGCAAGAAGAUCCAAAGAUACAAC